GGUGAUCUUACUUUAAAUGAAGCUUAGUUAGUUUGUCCGUGGAGAAAGACAACGGAAGAAUAACGGGAACUGGCAGGCUGGUUUGGAAAUUAAAUCCGACUGUCAGAGGCACCAGCACUGGAAUAAAAGCAGAGACUGGAGUGAAGAUGCUUUCCACGUUCCUUAUGGACAUCCUGAUCCAGCAUUAGCUCAAUCCGUGCUGAAGCUGUCGCCACUCUGAAAAAAGUGGAUAACGAAACAUCUUUUUGUUACUUCUGGCAAAAGACCAGUACUUGCUGCCACUCGUAGAACGGCCGUCAUACGUCCAUCGACGUCAUGGCAAACAUGUGUCCAUACGGCCGCUUCACCCACGCCGUGGUGCGGGGCGUCCCAGACACCUUUGGGAAAGAGACUGGGGAGACCUCGGUGGACCUGGCCAAAGCGCAGCGUCAGUUCGGCUGCCUGACGGGGGCCCUGAGACAGAAGGUGGGCCUGCAGCUGAUCGAGAUCCCCGCUGACCCCGAGCUGCCGGAGAGCUGGAGGAUCGAGGACGUGGCCGUCAUCCAGGGAGACACGGCGCUCAUCACCAGGCCCUUCAAACAGCAGAGACGCAGCGAGGUGGAGGCAGUCAGGAAGGUGGUGUCCGAGCUGAAUCUGACGGUGGUGGAGAUGGGAGACUCUGGAGGGGCCACGCUGGAGGGCUGCGACGUCCUCUUCACAGGAAAGGAGUUUUUCGUCGGCAUCUCGUCCCACACCAACCACAGGGGGGCCGAAGUCCUCGCCGACACUUUCAAGGACUUUGCCGUGUCUACCGUCCCCGUCUGUGGUGGUGCCCGACUGAGAAACAUCUGCUCCAUGGGAGGCCCAGAGACCAUCAUCAUCAGCAACAGUGAAGGGGCCAAGAAGACACUCCGGAUGAUGGAACAGCUGACCGAUCACCACUAUGAAGUGCUCACAGUUCCAGACGAAUCUGCAGCAAACUGCAUCUACAUCAAAGGUCCCUCUAAACUGGACUUCCUGCUGCACCGGCCUGCAGAGGAAUGUUCCUCUGAGAGCAUCUCUGCUUUCCAGAAGCUGCAGGACUACACCCUCCUGCCUACAGCCUGCAGCGAGGCCUCCAAACUGGGAGGGUCUCUGUCCUCGUUGUGCCUCCUCAUCAACAGAAAGCUCACUUACUUCUGACCUUCUGUUGCUAUGGCGUGUUUACAUAUUCAUGGUGGGGUGACUGGGGAUCAUAAAGAAACACUUGUCACUGCAUACAAUUCUUGUAUUGAUUUAUUGGUGGUAACUUGCAUGCCUUUAUGACAAUAUAAUCCAAUGUCUAGCAAGAGUGAAUAUAAGCUGGCCCCUAAUGGUGAGGCAUCUAAUUUAAUAAAUAUC